UAUUUAACAUUAAAAUACAUUAUAGAAAAAUUUACAUGGGGCGAACGACACAAACAAACAUUAAUACUCUUUUUUGGCAUGGUUAUCUCAUAUGGGUUGAGAGUUAAUCUGUCAGUUGCCAUUGUAGCCAUGACUGACAAAUCAAGCGCCAACACACAUUUUAUAGAGUUGCCCUGGAAUGAAUCAUCUAAAAGCACAGUAUUAAGCUCAUUUUUUUGGGGAUAUCUAAUAACUCAAGUAUACGCUGGGCAAAUGGCMCAGAAGUAUGGAGGCAAAUAUUUCUUGACUGGUGCAUUAGGAGUCAGUGGCGUCUUGACAAUAUUCACUCCAGCAUCAGCGAUACACGGUGGUGUAUUAGUUAUGUGUGCAAACAGAAUGGUUCAAGGAAUGGCACAAGGUUUCAUAUUUCCAGCAGUUAAUGUUUUAUUAUCAAAAUGGGCACCUACAUCAGAAAAAGGACGUUUGAUUUCAUUUGUGUUUAGCGGCACACAAUUUGGAUCAUUGGUUAUGCUUCCUACCGCAGGUCUAUUAGCUAGUAGUUCAGGAGGUUGGCCAGCUAUAUUUUACGUUGGUGGUGCUUUGACAUUAUUAUGGGUACUUGUUUGGUCUUUAAUGGGAGCUAACAGCCCAUCAGAACAUCAAACUAUAAGUGAGGCAGAAAAAAAAUUCAUUAUUAACUCAUUAAGUAAUACAACAUCCAAUAAGCCUUUACCAACUCCUUGGAGUAAGAUAUUUAAGUCAAUUCCUAUGUGGACACUUAUAAUUGUGCAUUUAACACAGAACUUGGGCUUUUGGAUUUUAUUAACAAACAUGCCAACCUACAUAAAUUAUAUAUUACAAUUUGACAUUAAAUCAAAUGGAUUUUUAUCUGCUAUGCCAUACUUAAUCAUGUGGAUCCUGAUUAUAGUAUUUUCCUGGGUCAGCGAUUACAUUAGAACACAUGGUUUGAUGACGAAUACAAACCAAAGGAAAAUUUGGAAUAGCUUAGCUCAUUGGGGUGGAGCUUUAGCAUUAGUUUCACUCUAUGUAUUUGACACAUCAACUACUGGAGCAUUAGUCUUGUUGACUGCAGCUCUUGGUUUAAACAGUGGUGUUUUCACAGGUUUUUUGACCAAUCAUUUAGAUUUGGCACCAAAUUUUGCAGGCACAUUAUUAGGAAUUACCAAUAGUAUAGCGAAUCUUACAUCGAUAUUGGGACCAUUAUUAGUAGGCUUCGUUGUAACGGACAGUCGUAACAAAGACCAAUGGGGCAUAGUGUUUUUAUGCUCAGCUGGUGUCUUCUUCAUUGGAAACUUAUUUUAUGUUAUAUUUGGAACCGCUGAUACUCAAUCGUGGAAUGAUCCAUUGAUAAACAAAGAAAUAAAAACAGGCGAUAACAAAGACCCAUGAGUUACCACAAUAAAAUAUUUGAAGGGAAUCAAAUGUAAAUUUAUUUUUAAUUAUUUAAAUAUAAAUAAUUUACUCUAAAUAGUUUAGUAUCAUUAAUGAUAGUAUUUAUUUAUAAAAUUUUAAAAAUUGUGUAUAAAAUUAUAUCAAUAAAAACAAAUUAUACUUCUAACUGUAAAAAAAUGUCUCCUUUAUCAAUCACCCAACCUAGAACACAUCACAAGAUUUGAAUUUAUUUUUCAACAAUCACAGAAGUGUUAAUCAGCGCCCAAAGUAGUGUGCAAAGCCAUUAUGAUUUGUUGAGUCAUUUAUUACCGCAACCAUUUUGGAUCAUCCCAAAAAUCGCAUUUGACAUGCAAAACUACACUAAAAACAAUCUGUACGCAGAUUCGAAACAAAUAUUAUGUAACUUGUAAUAAUAUAAUGUGUCGCCUGUUGUGGUUAACAGGGGACUUGGUAAUACAAGUCCAACAGSUCAGCUGUGAGGGAUAGCCUCGCCUGGGGCUGGGUUUCAGGGGACCCAAUUUAGGGUCCAACAGCUUCACUGUGACCACAACAACCAACCUCAAUCAGUGAAUGCAGUAUAUUUGGACGGCAGGACUUGAUAGGCAGAUAAAAGUACCUGAUAGUGACGAUCAUAUUCAGAUUUACAAAAUCCAUAAACUAUCUCAAUAGAUAUUAAGGUGAGGACAAAAUCAUUCAUAAAUAAAAUAAUAAAACUAUCCCGAAUAACUAAUUGUUAUAACAAUUUAAAAAACGUAAAAGGUUAUAGAAAAUUGAUACUAAUUAGUGACUAUUUUUAAAUAAUGAAAAUGC